GGCCGCAGGCCCAGCGCGCCACUAUGGUGCGACAGCGCCCGCGGCCACGGGGACCGCUGCAGCAGCAGAGGCGGCCGAGGAGGAACGGAGGCUGAGGUCGGGGCCUCCGGGUAGUCGGCCUGCGAACGCCCGCCACCCGCGAGCCCCGACUCCUCCUCCCUGCCUUCCUGGGCGCGGGCGGCGACCCGGCUGGACGAUGCGCGCCCCCGGCCGCCCCGGAGGCUGAGCCCGCCGCUCCGCGCUCCGCCCUCGCCCUCACGGCCGCCCCCAUGGCCUUGCCGGGCGCCGAGGGCGCGGCUGACAGGCCGGUGUCCCCGGCCCCGGGCGCCCCCGCCGGCUCCGCGUCGUCGUCGUCCGCCUCCUCCGGCGGCUCGGCCUCGGCGGGAGCGGGGCUGUGGGCCGCGCUGUACGACUACGAGGCGCGCGGCGAGGACGAGCUGAGCCUGCGACGCGGCCAGCUGGUGGAGGUGCUGUCCCAGGACGCCGCCGUGUCGGGCGACGAGGGCUGGUGGGCCGGCCAGGUGCAACGGCGCCUCGGCAUCUUCCCCGCCAACUACGUGGCGCCGUGCCGCCCGGCCGCCCGCCCCGCGCCGCAGCCCGCCGGGCCUCCGCCUCCACGGCCCGGAUCGCCCGUGCACGUCGACUUCGAGCGGCUGGAGCUCAAGGAGCUCAUCGGCGCCGGCGGCUUCGGGCAGGUGUACCGCGCAACCUGGCAGGGCCAGGAGGUGGCCGUGAAGGCGGCGCGCCGGGACCCGGAGCAGGACGCGGCGGCGGCGGUCGAGAGCGUGCGGCGGGAGGCGAGGCUCUUCGCCAUGCUGCGGCACCCCAACAUCAUCGAGCUGCGCGGCGUGUGCCUGCGGCAGCCGCACCUCUGCCUGGUGCUCGAGUUCGCCCGCGGCGGAGCGCUCAACCGCGCGCUGGCCGCCGCCAACGCCGCUCCGGACCCGCGCGCGCCCGGUGCGCGCCGCGUGCGCCGCAUCCCCCCGCACGUGCUGGUCAACUGGGCAGUGCAGAUCGCGCGGGGCAUGCUCUACCUGCACGAGGAGGCCGUCGUGCCCAUCCUGCACCGGGACCUCAAGUCCAGCAACAUUUUGCUACUCGAGAAGAUAGAGCAUGAUGACAUCUGCAAUAAAACGUUGAAGAUUACAGAUUUUGGGUUAGCGAGAGAAUGGCACAGGACCACCAAAAUGAGUGCGGCAGGCACCUAUGCCUGGAUGGCCCCGGAAGUCAUCAAGUCCUCCCUGUUCUCUAAGGGAAGCGAUGUCUGGAGUUAUGGAGUCGUGCUGUGGGAACUGCUCACGGGAGAAGUCCCCUAUCGUGGCAUUGACGGUCUUGCCGUGGCUUACAGGGUGGCAGUCAAUAAGCUCACUCUGCCCAUUCCAUCCACCUGCCCUGAGCCGUUUGCCAAGCUCAUGAAAGAAUGCUGGCAACAAGACCCUCAUAUUCGUCCGUCGUUUGCCUUAAUUCUUGAACAACUGACUGCUAUUGAAGGGGCAGUUAGGACUGAAAUGCCUCAAGAAUCUUUUCAUUCCAUGCAAGAUGACUGGAAGCUGGAAAUUCAGCAAAUGUUUGAUGAGCUGAGAACAAAGGAAAAGGAGCUGCGAUCGCGUGAAGAGGAGCUGACCCGCGCGGCCCUCCAGCAGAAGUCUCAGGAGGAGCUGCUGAAGCGGCGGGAGCAGCAGCUCGCGGAACGUGAGAUCGACGUGCUGGAGCGCGAGCUUAACAUUCUGAUAUUCCAGCUAAACCAGGAGAAGCCUAAUGUGAAGAAGAGGAAGGGGAAGUUUAAGAGAAGUCGUUUAAAGCUCAAAGAUGGACGUCGAAUCAGCUUACCUUCAGAUUUCCAGCAUAAAAUAACCGUGCAGGCCUCUCCCAACCUGGACAAACGGAGGAGUUUGAACAGCAGCAGUUCCAGUCCACCCAGUAGCCCCACAAUGAUUCCUCGACUCCGAGCUAUACAGCUGACUUCAGAUGAAAGCAAUAAAACUUGGGGAAGGAACACAGUCUGUCGACAAGAAGAAUUUGAAGAUGUGAAAAGGAAUUACAAGAAAAAAGGUUGUACAUGGGGACCAAGUUCAAUUCAAAUGAAAGAAAGAACUGAUUGCAAAGAAAGAAUAAGACCUCUCUCAGACGGCAACAGCCCUUGGUCAACUAUCUUAAUAAAAAAUCAGAAAACCAUGCCAUUGGCUUCAUUAUUUGUGGACCAGCCAGGUGCUUGUGAAGAGCCAAAGCUUUCCCCUGAUGGAUUGGAACACAGAAAACCAAAGCAAAUGAAAUCGCCUAAUCAAGCCUACAUCGAUCUACCUUUUUGGGAAGACGGCCAGAGAGAGAAUCCGGUGGAACCUGAGAGCUGGGAGGAGGUGACCUCUGCCAGCUCUGCUGCUGGCACUCCUCAGGUGACCCCUACAGACAGUCUGAGCAGAUCCCCCCAGAAAAAGAAGACAGAGUCUGCUUUGUACAGCUGCACUGCGCUGUUGGCAUCAGUGGCUCUGGGACUGGAUAUCAGAGAGCUUAAUAAAGCGCAGGCUGCUGAAGACCUGUUGCCUAGGGAAGAAAGGAAGAAAUGGGACGGAAUCUUCCAGCGGGCUCCCAAGUCCCGCAGCAGUGCGAGCCCUCCCACAAGGCUGCCGUCCACAGGCGGGGGCGCUGGCAGCCCACCCUUACUCCCUCCGUCGAGCGCCGUGAGCCUUCUCUCCAUGCCUUCUCUCUCCACAAAGUGCUUGCUGCAGACUGACGGUGAAGAUUCCUUUGAGGGCAGCAUGCACAUCACUUGUGACCCCGAGAUGCCCACUCCAGAUUUUUGCCCUGCCAUUGGAGGAAGUAGUUGUGAGCCAACCUCCAUGCCAAGACUUGAGACCAAUUGCAGUGUGUGGAAAAACCUGUCUCCUCCCCUCACAGAGCAGACACAUGGGAACGUGCCUUAUUAUGCUUCUUCAAAAGAACGAGCGUACCGUCACAGACGGACCAUGUCUGAUGGAAAUGCUUUUCAGACCCCAGCUGGUGUACCUCUUAACUCAGCCACUGGAGCCUCUGAACUGGCACCUGAGCGGGUUUGGGGGAUGCCCCACUCCUUGUCCGAGGUCCCGCCUGAAAAGCAAAGAGCUCUCAAUAUUGUGCCUCUGCCUCGCCCCUCCUCCCUGAGAAGCCGAGGAGACCCCCUGCAGGCCUUCUCACAGAGAACACAGUCUCAGCCCAGACAGGCCAACCCCGUUGGGGGUGGUCCGGGACCAACCCCUAACUGUUCCCUCGGUGCCAAGGAGAGAACUAAAACCCAUGUGCCUUCCCUACUGGACGCCGACGUGGAAGGCCAGAGCAGGGACUGCACGGUGCCCUUGUGCAGGAUGAAGAGCAGAACAAGCCGACCGUCCAUAUACGACCUGGAGAAAGAAUUUCUGUCUUGAGUGCCUUAUGUUGUUUAAGCAUUUCUCUUUUUUUAAGGUGAACAAAUUAAAACAGUGUGUCUACCUUUGAACUGUUUCAUGCUGCUGUGUUUUCAAAAGCUGUGGCCAUGUUACUGAAACAGUAAUGGAUGUCUAACUUCUCAAAAAAUGUAUGUGAUGGCUGUUAGCUGUCUAUAUUGUUUUUUCCACUGGAUUUUUACCUAAUAACUUGAAAUACACACAAGUGUAAAACAAGAAAUGUGCAGCAAUGUAAAACUAUGCUGGGUAGAGUUGUCUUAAGCACAAUUUUAAUGCUUUCUUGGCUCCCAUUUAUAUCCUUGUCUAUUAGUGCACACAGAAAUUGUAAUGGGUGCCCUCGUUUUAUUCCCUUCCUUCCUUAUUUUCUUUCUCUUUUUUCCCUUUGUUUUGGUAUUUGUGCAACAAAAAGCCAAGAAGAAUAAUGUGAUAUUAGUAAGUAAAGGUGUCUAUAUAAAAAAAAAAAUUUGAUGACUAGAAUAGAUGCAGAGUCCUAUUUAAACUAUCUCAACUCAACAGUAGGCUUAUAAUGCAUAAAUAUGUACAAAUCUCUGCUAAAUAAUGCAAUAUUUCUCUCUUUGAGGAAAUUUUACUGAAUGUAACUUGUAAAAGUUUUACUGAAUGUAAUUUAUAGACAUUUUAUCCCUUAGAACUCCAAAGUAGAUUUUUAAAAGAUCAGUCAUUAACAUUGGGCUAAGACCAUGCUGUAUACACCUGAGUGAAGCUAAUCUGUAGGUUCUUCCUGUAGAAAAGGUUCGUCCUUCAUCAGGAGCCAUUUAUUUGGUAUCCAAAAUUAUAAAGCUUUUUCAUUUUAUAGUAGAAUUUUAAAAAAUUGACACAUGUAUCAUGUAUUAUAACCAUUCAUCUCAUUUAAUUUUAUUUUUCCCUAUUUAAAUGCGUAAUUUUCUUGAUAAUCCCAAUUACAGUUAGAGAGAAACACUGCCAAGUCGAGAAACAGCAGCACUGUUAGGAUUUAAGUAUUUUGUAGUUACUUCACAUUUCAUUUAAUUGUGGAUGAAUGUUAGACAUCUGUAGAGAUAAGCUGAUACGGUGGAAAGGACAAAUAUAUUAUAGAUUACUUUCAGAUAUGGGUUUAUGAAAUGAAUCUUUGGAUGACAGAUCAGGAUUUUAAAUGAUUUAAAAUUAGUUUAUGAGUCACUUUUAUAAAGCAUACAUGUGUGAUGCAAAUAGACUACUGAGUUAUUAAGCUACAGAAACAGCUAUCCACGAGCUUGGUAAAUUUGCCUGGGUUUCUUUUGUUUAAAUCUGUUAGGCUUCCCUUCUGUCACUAGAAUAUGGUUAUUCAGCUGACAGACAAUAAAAAUUUAAAUUUUUCCGUGCAAUGAAAAACUAAAUUACAAACAUUACUUGAUAUUUCAUUUAAAAUUUUACCUUUGUUAAGGUUUACUGAAAAACUGAAAUGUCAACAAUUUAAAUUAAAUCAGGUGUGAUAAAAUACCUAUGGUAGAAAAAAAGGAAAAUUAUAUUAUUUGGCCAUUUUAGAAUAUCUCACUCACCUGGCAGGUGUGCCCCAGCAGAUGAUGAACAGGGCGUGAAAGAAUUAUAUUAACAUGAAUGCAUUUUCCCUAAGGAAAGAAAACAGUCUUGUGUUUAAGAAUCUUGCAGCAAAAUCUCAGGUACUUAACGCAUUUUGUUGUAUUAUAGUCUAUUGUAUGAUUUGGCUUUACUUUUGGGUGCUUAUUGAAUUAUGUGAUCAAAAUUUGGGUUCCUCAAAAUUUUAUCACCUUUGUAACUAUGGUUGGCUACUUCAUAUUUAGUCAUUUGUGGGCAUGUAACUUUCAGCUAAAACUAAAGGAAAUACCUGCCUAAAAUAAUACAUAAAAGGAGAAGUAUGGAAACCAUGUUCUCAGUUUUGCUUCUACCAAAACAUCAUGUGGGGGGUGGGCAGUGGGGGGUGUUCAUCUGUCUUGUCCGUCUACUCCGUUUCUGCUCCUGUUGAGCUUGAUUUUAGUCAACUCUACAUUAUGAUGAAUUUAGAAAUGAAACUAGAUUAAGAAGGUAAUUGCAAUGUAAGGAUUCAAUCACACGUUACUGCAGAUAGUUAUUUUUUGCUGAGAUCGAUUGUACAUUUGCAAUUUUCUAUGUGUAUUAGUGUACUUAGUGGAAUCUGGUUAUUUAUUUUCAUAUAGACUUAAUAGCUCACUGAAAGAUAAAUUAAGCUGAUUACUAUUAGUCAACAAUUAAGGUGCUCACACUGCAGAGAUUUAAGGCCUGGGCCUGAUAUGCUGUAUUAUGAAGCCUUGUGACUGAAAAAGAUGUUUACAUAUGUUGUCUAUUUUUUUAAUAAACUUUUUUUAUAGCUAG